GCUCUCUCUAUCAGCCUCUCAUUCCGUCUCAAUAUGUCUCAAGAUGGCGGCCAAUGCGGGAUCGAUGUUUCAAUAUUGGAAGCGCUUUGAUUUACAACAGCUCCAGAAAGAACUGGAUGCCACCGCCGCAGUGCUGGCCAACCGACAGGAUGAGAGCGAGCAGUCCAGGAAAAAGCUCAUCGACCAGAGCCGAGAGUUCAAGAAAAACACUCCAGAGGAUUUACGGAAGCAGAUAGCUCCACUGCUGAAGGGAUUUCAAGCAGAGAUCGACGCCCUGUGCAAGCGGAGUAAGGAGUCCGAGGCAGCUUUCCUCAACGUCUACAAGAGAUUAAUUGAUGUCCCAGAGCUCACCAUUAAAGCACUUCAGGAGAAGAUAGAGGAGUAUAAGAGGUCACUACAGAGUCGGGGGUCAGACCAGGAGGAUGUCCCACCCAACGACUUUGUGGAGAGAGAGAGGGAUCUUCAGGAGAAGCAUGACGCUCUGGCCGCCAGACUACAGGAGACCGAGCUUAAAACACAGACCUUAGAGACAGAACUCGAAGCAGCCCGAGCAGAGCUGAAAGAGCUGAAGGAGAAGUAUAGCGAGGAGGCGUCCACAAAGGCCGACAGGAUGGAGACGGUGAUGUCUGACCUAGAGAAAGCCAAUCAGAGAGCAGAGGCAGCAGAGAGGGAGAUGGAGAGCCUGAGGGAGCAGAUCGCCUCCACCAGCAAGAGCCCUCACCCCUCCCCACAGACACACAAGGCCCCAGACACGGCUGCGGAGGACUUGUCGUGCAGCGGUCUGGAGGCGGAGGUGAGCGUGCGUGACGGUGAGGUGCGGCGUCUGGAGGAGGACGUGCAGCGGCUACAGGCCAGCCUCACCCAGCUCAGUCAGAGCUCCAGCAGCCGCGUCAGCCAGCUGCAGCACGAGCUCUCCAGCAAGGACUCCACUCUCAAGCAACUGGAAAAGAAGCUGCAGGAGCAAGCAGACUAUGAGGAAGUCAAGAAGGAGCUGAGCGUCCUCAAGUCCAUGGAUCUGAGCACAACAGAGAGGUCCACAGUACAGGAUGGCUAUAAGCCCUUGGAGAUGCUUCUCCUGGAGAAGUGCGGGGGCGGGCAGUCGGACCACCACUCCCAGCGGUCAGCCAACAGCGGCCUGAGCGGCUCUUCGCUGCGUGGUGAUAAAGACUCGUCAUCAGGAGACGCUCACCAGCGACUUCCUGCCACGUCCAUCCCGAGCCCCUCCCCCCUGCGCAGCUCUCCGCCUCCAUCGUCCUCCCAGCUCCUGAUGCUGCAUCGGGGCGCCGGCUCCAUCUCCGUGUCGUCGUCGGCCGAGUCGGCCUCCUCGGUCAGCAUCAGCGCCAACGGCACGCACCCCUUCUCCCCCGCCGACCUCCUCCCGCCGGGCAUGGCGGGCCUGGGCGCCGGCCCGCUGGCCCCGCUGGCCGGCAAGGUGGCCCUCAGCUCGCUGCUCCAGCGCCAGCUCAUGCACAGCUUCUACAGCAAGGCGCUGCAGGACUCGUCUCUGCUCUUCCCGGGGCCGCACGGCGCCGCCCACCACCACGGGGCGGCGCACGCCCUCUCGGCCAGCCCGCUGCCCAGCCAGCCGGCCGCCGCCAGCCCGGACGCGGCCAACGGCUCGGCGCCGUCGCCCAGCCGCUCGGAGGGCGCGGGCAGCGCCUCGGAGGGUGAGGACAUGGACACGGCGGAGAUCGCGCGGCAGGUCAAGGAGCAGCUCAUCAAGCACAACAUCGGCCAGCGUGUCUUUGGCCACUACGUGCUGGGCCUGUCGCAGGGGUCGGUCAGCGAGAUCCUGGCGCGGCCCAAGCCCUGGAGCAAGCUGACCGUGCGCGGCAAGGAGCCCUUCUACAAGAUGCGUCAGUUCCUGUCCGACGAGCAGAACAUCCUGGCACUGCGCAGCAUCCAGGGCCGCCAGAGAGAGAACCCAGGCCAGAACCUGAACAGGGUGUUUCAGGAGGUUCCGAAGCGAAGAACCGGCUCCGAAGGCUCCUCGAGGCCAGGGAACAUCACCACACGGAUCCGCACCCCGGAGGGCGGCUCGGACGAGGCCAUCCGCUCCAUCCUGGAGCAGGCCAAGAGGGAGCUGCAGGUGCAGAGAGCAGAUGGCGUGGGAGAGAGCGAGCCACCUCCCGCUUACCCUCGGGGCUUUGGAAGCUUCUCCCAAAAAUAUGCCCACAUUCUCAGCCUGGUAGAGUCAUCUCUGCCCGCCACCUCCUGCGGCCCAGCCGAAGCCAUGCGCUGUGUGAUGGAGAGCCAGGCGGCCUCCCUGAAGGCUUCGCUCCCCCAGACGGAGCUCUCCCUGCUGGGGCCCAAGCUGCUCUCGUCCCCCCUGUCCUACUCGCCCAUGGCCCUCUCGCUGAAGAAGCCUCCUCCCUCCCCGGCGCCUCUGCCGGACCCCCCUGGUCCGCCGGUGGUGAAGAAAGAAGGAGAGGACACCCCCAUCUCGGACACGACCCUGGGAGGAGCCUCCUCCUCCUUGUCCUCCUGGAGGGACUGGGGCAACAUCCAAUCAGAUCGCCGCUGGGGCGGGGCUCUGCUGAUGACGGACGACGCAUUCAACCAAGACGAGGUGAAGGAGCAGAAGCCCCCUCGCCUGCCCGCUGUGGCACUGCCCCCCUCCUCUCUGGACCCCUGGAAGGACUGGGCCGGUGGCGGCGGAGGUGGUAGCGGCAGCGGCGGCGCCGACUCGCCGUACCCGCAGACCUCCCCCCAGAACAGCCCGCUGCCCUCAUCCUCCUCCUCGCCCCUGCUGGCGCUGAACAAGCCGGCCAAGGCGCCCGUGCCGCCACUCACCCCGGAGCAGUACGAGCUCUACCUGCACCAGGACGUGGACACCGUGGAGCUCACGCAGCAGGUCAAGGAGCGCCUGGCCAAGAACGGCAUCUGCCAGCGCAUGUUCGGCGAGAAGGUGCUUGGCCUGUCUCAGGGGAGUGUGAGUGACAUGCUGUCUCGGCCGAAGCCGUGGAGUAAGCUCACUCAGAAGGGCCGAGAGCCGUUCAUCCGCAUGCAGCUGUGGCUCAACACAGAGCUGGGCCAGGGUCUGCUGCCGCUACAGCCGCCCACACACGAGAUGACCCCCAAGACCUCGGCCAGCUGCAGCCCCGCACCCGAGUCUCCAGUGAGCUCGGCCGAGGAGUCGGUGAAGAGUCAGGACCCCGGCGCCGCGCCUCCCCCGGCCCCAGCCUCCUCGUCCACCACCGCCUCCGAGCAGGGCGAGGCGGCCGAGUCGCAGCCCGGCACACCGCUCUCACUGCCCCUGCCACUGCCACUGCCCGGCCCACCGGGCCUCACCAUCCAGGAGAUGGUGGCCAUGUCCCCCGAGCUGGACACCUACGCCAUCACCAAGAAGGUCAAGGAGGUGCUCACCGACAACAACCUCGGCCAGCGCCUGUUUGGUGAGAGCAUCCUGGGCCUGACCCAGGGCUCAGUGUCGGACCUGCUGGCGCGGCCCAAGCCCUGGCACAAAUUGAGCCUGAAGGGACGCGAGCCCUUCGUCCGCAUGCAGCUGUGGCUCAGCGACCCCCGCAAUGUGGAGAAGCUCAUGGACAUGAAGCGCAUGGAGAAGAAAGCCUACAUGAAGCGUCGCCACAGCUCAGUGAGCGAGGUGGUCCCAAGUGACGGUGGCGUGUCGUCUGGAGACUUCGGUCCAUCCUGCAGUCCCCAGCAGCAUCUGAAGAAGCCGCGUGUGGUGCUUGCCCCAGAGGAGAAGGAGGCCCUGAAGCGCGCCUACCAGCAGAAACCCUACCCCUCGCCCAAGACCAUUGAGGAGCUGGCCAGUCAGCUCAACCUCAAGACCAGCACCGUCAUCAACUGGUUCCACAACUACAGGUCCCGUAUCCGCCGUGAGCUUUUCAUCGAGGAGAUCCAGGCAGCAGCAGGAGAAGGUGGGGCACGUGCGGCCGAGGGCGAGAGCAGCUGCGACGGCACCGAGUCAGACAGCGGCGGCGGCGGAGGUGGCAGUGGCAGCGUGGGCGCGGAAGACCGGGGCAGGAGCCUCUCCAGCAGCCCCAGGCCCAACCACCACCACCACCACCACCAUCACCACCACCACCACUCCCAAGCCCACCUGUCGGAGGACACCCUUACCACCACACCAGGGACCAGCGACAGCUCCAAGUCCGGCGGGAUGGAGAGUCUCUUCGCCGGGGCCAUCGCCACCACCAUGGCCGCCUCCACCACAGCCACAGCCGACAAGAACCCAAAGGACAGCAGCGUGCGGCGGAGGAAAGCGGCCAACCUCAACAACAUCAUUCACCGGCUGGAGAAGGCCGCCAACCGCGAUGAGCUGGGUAACGAGUGGGAGUUCUGAGAGAAAACAGAAAGAGAUGAGAAGAGAGAGAGAGAGAGAUGAAAAGAGGGGGGGGAAAUAGAGAAAAGGUUCUCGUUAAGUUUUCUAAUCUGCCUAAGGUCAGACUUUUAUGGAGGGUUUGUUUCAGUUGGAGGCAAAGGAAGGAGACUAACUUGUUUCCCAGUCCUGCAGGAUCCAGGGCUUGGACCAAUGGAACUCUUUAACAUGCACAAGGCAUCACUCAUCCACAAAUCUCCACGCAUUCAACAGCUAAAGAGAGUGGAGACAAAAAAACCUUUUUGAUGUGUGGAAAUGGAAAAUCCAUGUAGUGUUUGCCUUUUUCUAGAGAAAUUCAGGAGACAUAUCUUCCCUUAUGCCUCCUGUCUGUGUGUGUGUGUGAUAGUUUGUCAAAGGGAGAUGUUCAAAAUAGUCUGACAAGAAAAAGCCAAACGUUUAAAAAGAAGAAAAAAAAGUGGAGACUUCCUUUUUCCACAAAGCCUUCCCCUCACGUCCACCUCACGCCAUGUAAUGGCUAUGCAAGUUUCACGCCAAUUCUUUUACGGUUCAAAAUUUUUAUGAUUAGAACAUUUUCAUCGAAGAGAAAAAAAGAGAAUCUUUUAUAGCAGAGUUUGCCAGUAAGAGAUUGCAGUCUGUUGACUCUAAAAUACACUGCUUUGAAAUUCUAAAUAUAUAGGGUGGCAAGUGAUAUUUAGAAAUAAUAACAAACUUUUUGAAAGAUGUAGUUAAAAACUCACUUUAAAAUCUCACAUUUUUGAAAAAAUUCACCAGGAAAAUGCAAUAGUCAGGAAACCUGUCGUAGCUGGGUAGUGUUACUUCAUAUGGCAUGUAGAGGGCUCUGAGGUUAGAGUGUUGUUAUUUUCAUAGCUUUAAUGAACUCAGAGAACCAAGAGAGACUGUUUCAUACACUCCAUCUUAGGCCAAAAUCAGGAAAAAAAAGUUAUUGAAAAAGAUUUGUACAGUUUGUGGAGGAAUUGUUCCCUGUUUUAGAUAUUUUUAAAAGAGAGAGAAAGAGUGAAAAACUGAGCGACCACACCUUAGACACCUCAACCAGGGCAGGCAGGCAGGCAGGUUACGGAUGCACCGCAUCACUUUCUCUCUCACACACUCACACACACACACACACACACAGACACACACACGCUGUUCAUUCAGGAGCACCUAGCUUACCUGCUCUCUCAGCACUUAGCAAUACACAGUGUCUCUGUUUUGCCAAAGGUUUCGAGUACCGUGCAGAACUCCAGCAUGUGCAAAAGUAAUCAAACGGUCCUGAACUGCUCAAGUAGUUUUCAUUCUUUUUUUGCACAGGCUAAGGCAUAAGGUUUUGUACCUUUCCCUAGGCUAGUAAAAACAGAGCCUGUGACUCAAAAGGGAGAUGAAGGUACAUUUCCUGUCAGGCAGCAGGAAGAACACCCUCCUCAGAGAACUCGGGUCCUUCCAGUCUGUCAGGCAGCAGGAAGGACACCCUCCUCAGAGAACUUGGGUCCUUCCAGUCUCUCCUGUAUGCAUUCUGUAGGUGUUGGCUCAGAGUGAGUGGACACCUUCUUUCCUUUUUUGUGUGAGAGAGACUUCUGUUUGAGAGCUAAAAGGACCCAAUGCUGUCCAUAAAAAAAAAUUCUCCAUGUUUGUGUGUACACCAUUCUCCCCCAUGAGGACGGACUGUGAUGCCUCUCAGCUGGCAGAGGAUGAAGCCAGUGGAUUGGUGGUGCACAAGAGAGAGAGAGAGAGGUCGGAACACUUUCUGGAACCGCUUGGGUGCUCAGGUGCCCGUGAUGCAUGAGGUCAGGAUAAGAUCAGAGGUCACCGGAGUCAAAGUUACAAGAGUCAGCAUGGCAACAGAACGGGGGAAAAAAAACAAACCCUACCAAACAACCCCCACCACCAUUCCCUAAUCUCACAGAGUCUGCCUGCCCACUGCCUCUCCUUUGUGUGUGUGUGUGCGUGUGUGUGUGUGGGUGGGUGGGGGGACGUAUAUAUUUUCUAGGUCUGUGUGGUUUAUACUUGUAUAUAUGUGCACACAUAUCAAGUGUGUAACUGCCACCCUGUCUGUCUGAGCUCCUUUAGCAGCUACAUGACUUCGUACACAUUAGGUUACAUUCAUUUUCUCAUUGUAAGAGACUCACAAUAGUUAACCCCUUUGUUCUUUUGUUUAUUUUGGGUGUUUUAUCGAUUAUGUUUUGUCUAUUUAUAGAUGCUGUAUUUUACAUAUUAAUGUCUUAUUCUGAUUUUAAUUCUGUUAUUUUUAUUUUAUGGAAGGGACUAUGUGAGGUCAGGUUACACUUUUAAAGACUGCAGGCAGUAUAUGGCUUAUACUUGUGAUCCAUGUCUGUUUUAUGAAUUCAAAUAAUAAUAAUUAUAUUGAUAGUGUCAUGUAUAUUAUAUUUUAAAUGAGCUGGAUGAGUAACACAGUGUUCAGUGUUGAUAUAUCAUCGUAGAUGUAUGCAUUAUUAUGUUGUAACUGCUCCCUGUCAUUUAAACUUCAGUUGUUUUUUGUUUUUUUUCUUCUUUUUGUCUUUAUCGGUAAAAUAUAUACCUGUAAGAGGGCUGCAGGUGUUUGUUAAGAGUUCCCUCACUCAGCUGGUGGCAAAGCCGCUCACCUGGUCAGAGGCUCGGCCUGUUUAAACCUGUGCUGGGCCAGAGAGCUAAGGAACAAGUACACGGCAAAGAACCCAGGCUAGCAACCCGUCAAGAGCUUAAUGGACAAAACUUACCCCGAGUGGUCAUUUUGCUCCUUAACGUUGUGUGAGAAUUUGGUCGAUUCUUUGGCCUCCGGGUCGUUUCCCAGCUGUGCCCUUUAUUUCAGUAUGAUUUGAUCUGUGAGAGGAUCUCACCUGAUACUGGUGCUGAUUUUUUUUUUUUUUUUAGUUAUUAUUUGAUUUGCUGUUCGGCUGCUUCCGUGAAGAAUGGAAGAAGCUGCGAGUGUCUUUCACUAGCUCACCACGAGACUCAUACGUAUCACGCCAAUUACAAGCUCACAUGCAAUACACUAGUAAGAAGCACUUAAGUGGUUACUGAAAGUUUUCGAUAAAUGUAUGCUUGUUUUUAUUAUCACUUAGAACUGACAACAUUGGUUGUUGCUUUGAAUUUAACUACUCAUUGAUAAUUUGAAAUUCAUUCUUUUUUUAUUUAACCUUCAAGGUUAUAUUCUCUGCAUAAUUAUGUGAUAGUUAUGCAGUGGUACAUGAAUUGCAUAAGAAUGCAAAAAUGAAGUACAAUAUACUGACGAUAUACUGAGUUUAGAUGUAACACGUCCUAAUAUAAUGCCUUAACACCUGCAGAACAAAUAUGAAGCACAGAAGUCCCCAACUGAAACACUUAAAAGGUCAAAGGUCAUUUUUCACUGAUGGUGUUGUCCCACAAUGGUGCGUGUAUGUCAAAAAAUAUGUCCCUGUCAGAAAACAUCCAGCUUUACACUUUGCUUUAUAAGCUAGUUACUGAGGGCUGCUUUGAAAGACCGUUGUGAGACGUAUGUCCUGCAAAACAAUUGUUUUUAGUAAUGUGAGCAAACAGCCAUUGAAGGAUGUGUUUGAGACCCACUCGAAGAUGCCUUACUCAUUUGUCUAGCCCCUUACUGCUUGGUUGAAAACCUAUGUCUUCCACCUGGCAAAGCCAGGCAUUGUACAGUGCACAGCACAUCAGAGGCACGCCAUCUCUCCAUUGCCACCUGGAAACUCAAAGCUACUGAAAAGACUUUCUGAACUCUAAAGCACAGAGAGAUCUCAAACACCAUUUGCGUUCUUAGAUACCAUUCUGGUCUUACCCAAGAUUGAAAUUAAAUAACAACAUGGGAAGCAGUUGUGAUGGAGGGAUCUAGUUAAAGGAUCUACAAGAACCUUUUUUCAUAAAGCGCAAAUUCCAGUAAAAUUUGGCUUUUAUACUCCCAUGAGAUUUCUUACAAAGCUCAUAAAAAGCAGUGUGUUGGUUGUUGGACCAGUAAACCAAGGAUGGUAUAGGCACAACAGAAACAGGAUACCUCUUUACUUCUCAUUAACAAAACAGCUAAUGUUCUUGUCUGGUGCCGUCAGUCAUCUUAAAGUGAGGUUUGGGCAUUGAUGACACUGACAUGCAAAGAGAUGGGAUUUCAUAACAGUUACAAAACGAAAGUUACGUUGGCCCAUUGCAUGGGUAUCGAUAGAAUUCCAAGUUGACUGUAAAAGUAAAAAACAUAAAAUUGCAUCAUUCAUGGAAUUCAGUCGAGUCUCACAAGAACUGUACAAGAACUGGACCAACUUUUGGAUUCUGAGGCAGGAAAUUUCAUACCAAAAAGGUAGAAUCUAGCUAUAGGUUCAGCCACUCCAAAACACUGGGCUCUUUGAAUCAGAAACACACAUCAGUGACUGACCCAAACAAUGCUUGCAGUGAUGGAGAAUUUGCGGUGGAACCCAGAUGGCACAGGUUUUCUGCCAUCGCACUCAGAAUAUUUUUGGUUUCUCUCAGUUUGUAUUAGACAGCCACAUGUCUCUCCCUCUCAUCACCUUGUCUCCAUCACAUGACUCAGUCAUCUCUGCUGGUGUGUGUGUGUGUGUGCCAAUCCUUGGUUGCAGCCGGGAUGUGUUGGAGUGUGAUGGUGCUCAUUGACAGAACAGUAUAGAGUGACCGUUCCACACCAAAACACUUUGCCUCAUCACAUCCAUAGUGAUAUAUCUCAUCAGAUUCUUUUGAUUUUUUUAGUGUGUUUUCUGCAAGUUACAAGCAGCAUGUUAAAACCGAGGCAUAGCAUAAUUUCAGUAUUGGUGCCAGUUCUGCAAGUUGUGGUUAUAAGUAUUUAUGCUGUGUUCAACCCAUUUGGUUUGUUUUCAUUUUGUUCCAUCUUGUGAGCUCUUUUUUUGUCUUUUUUAUUUCUUUUUGUUAUUUAUCCCACACCUUGACAUCCUCUUUGUAGAUGCAUUGCAAAUUCACUGACGGGUAGAGAGCGCUGUGAGGCGUGGCAUGACAUUGGACUGGUAAACUAGACACCCAAAAGAACACUGGUUCACAAGGAUAGUACUGCAUACGUUGCUAGUGCAGGUUCUCCAUCUGCUUGUCUUGAACUCUGUCUGUUUUCAUCCUCACAUGGAGAAAAACAAUGUCCACUCCUCUCACUUGUUCAGGUAGACUGUGUACAAUAUUUGCAAAACCAAUGUCUUUCGUUUUGGUCAAAUUUCAGGGGAUUAUCCUUUGCAAAUAUUUUUCUAUAGAACUAAAGUAGAUUUCUAUAGAUACUAUGGAGGAUUUCAUAUUAAAUUGUACAGAAAAAAAACUAUAACCUUGUAUCCUUUCUUAACAUCAGUAAACAUUAUCAUUUUUUGUUAUAAAUGUAAGUAGUGGUAGAUUUUGUAGUGAAUUUUGUCCAUAUGAAGACCUCAAAGACCUCACUUUCCUUAAAUCUUAAAAGGUGAACUCACAAGACAUUAUUUGAAUAUGCAGUUUGGUAGAGAGCUUUCACUGUACACAUUGACCCUUCUUAAGUCAUUAACAUUUGUUCACCAUUUUCCAGCACUACCUGUGAUCACUCCACAACAGAUUUCAUGUAACUCCUUAUUCACCUUGAUUCAAUGGGACACACCAUCAUAGACUGUUACAUUCAGCUUUUUUAACACAAAUAAUGAUGUGUGUGUCUGAGAUUAUCCAAAACGUGGAGGCUGAACACUUGAACAUACAAAUAUUUGUCCUUUUUUGUGUUUGUGUAAGUGAUACCUGUAGCCAAACACCAUAGAUAGUAAACAUUAAGAUCAGCUGUCGUGGUCUCUCCAAUCUGUGUCUCCCUCUUUUGAUUCACAUGUCACUACACUGAUAGCAUUUUUGCCAUUACACAAUCCCAGUCUUAGACAUUUCAUUUUAGCAGUGGAUGAAAUGUUUAUAUGGAGAGGGUAAAUACAUUUUGUUUAUGGAUAUGUAUGUAUUGUUCAGAGAUCAUCCUCCAACACAGAAUAUAUUAGUCAAAGCACACUGAAUAGCAGUAUAUAUUAUUUUAACAAAGGACAUGAAUAAUUUCUUUAUAUGUCGUAAUUUGAAGUGUGAAAUGGAAAGCAAAGGUUUCUACCAAAUGUUUCUUCCCAUCAUCAUUUAGAGGGACUCCUGUACCAAACCUUAAUGCAGCUGAAACCAUUAGUCAAAACUAAUUUGUGCCAUAUAUCUGAUUUUAUGUGAUAUCAGAAACUGAAGAUAUUAUCAUUUAUCCAGUCAACCAAAAAUGACUUUAGUCGACAAACAGUACAGCGGUACAUAGUGAUAAAGAUUGUGACAAAGAGUUGUGUGGGCUGGGUACCUCCUGGUUGAUUUCCAUGGAGGAAAAAAUAAAAUGGGGCUUAAAAAGUGUAUUUCUUUGAAAAUGGAAAAAAAAAAAAAGGAAUCAGUUUCGGGGUCUGCUUGUAUGUAUGUUAUGUGCAACAUUGUGUGGCUCGUCUAGGGCUAAAUUAUUUUCUUUUUGUCUUGUUUUCCCCUUUUUUCCUGUAACUUGGCUGGUCCUGUUGUUUCUAUAAGCUCAGGUGGAAACUCCUUUUAUCCUGUUGGUCUUUGUGCUCUCCCUCCAGUUAGCUGCACACUGCAGCUGUCUGCUGUUUUUCUACACGGAAAAAAAGUAUAUAUAUAUAUAGAUAUGUUUUAAAGCUGCAGGAUGUUAGUAUUGAUUCAUCCUUUACGUGAAAUUUAAAGAAAAAAUGCCAUUUUGUUCUUUUGGGAUUGAUCUCAUUUUUGUUUUUGUUUUUAUUUGUUUGUUUUAUUCAUGUAAUCACCUAGCCUGUUCUCAGCACUGUACAAUGGUCCCUAUCUGAUACAGAAAAGCAAUAUCACUGUACGAUACUCACUAUGUAUUUCUGUUGUUGUUGUUAUUACUAUUCACUAGCACCCUAGGUGUGAUAAUUGAAGUAAAUAUCUUUUAUACAAACACAA